GUUGACACGUCGAGCGGGAGCAAACGCGCGACGACUGGUGUAGGAGAAGCGUAAUUCGAGUUCUCCACCGCCGCACGAGCACCGCCUUCCGCCGCCGCGCGCGACUCCCGAUGGCCGGACACGACGACGACGAGGUGGCGAUGGAAGUGGAGGCGGUGGAGGCCGUCUACGGCGGCGAUUGCGUCGUCGUCGACCGGCAUCCCCCCCGGCUCCACGUCCGCAUCGCGCCCCGCACCGCCGACGUCUCUUCUCAGCAGUUCGUGGAAGCGGUCAUCGGCAUAAGCGCAGGCCCGCAGUAUCCGGAUGUCCCGCCUGAUGUUGAGCUUAUAGAAUCGAAGGGCCUUGAUGAUAGAAGGCAAAAAUAUCUUUUGGAUUGCAUAUUGGACAAAGCUCGUCAACUUUCCUCGUGUUCGAUGCUCGUAGCACUUUGUGAGGAAGCAGUGGAACUCCUCUCUAAGAUGAACCACCCAGAGGGUGACUGUCCCAUGUGUUUGUAUCCUCUGGUUCCUGAAGAUACAGAACACAGAGAUUUGGCAUUUAUGAAGCUGAUGUCUUGUUUCCAUUGCUUUCACUGUGAGUGCAUUAUAAGGUGGUGGAACUGGCUUCAAAAUGAGAACCAAACAGAAAUUGGUGAGAUGGGAAAUGAAAAAGGGUUAGAAAGCCGGGGAAACUGUCCAGUUUGCAGGAAAGUUUUUCAGGCCAAGGAUUUGGAACAUGUACUUAAGUUAAUCAGCUCAUUUUCAUCCAAAUCGAUUUUUGAGGGAGAUGUCCCUGAAGAGAAUGGGGAGCUUCUCCAGUCAGAUUCUGAAAAUAGUAGAAAGCAGAGAUUUGAGACCAUUACGAAAGUACAGCAAGAAAAUAAUGGCUUAAUUGAACCCAAGAAGGACUUGGUCGUGUUGCCAGGCAUGUACAUAACCCCAACAAUUACCUCGUCGACAUCUGGUGCGAUGAAUGACAAUAUCGAGCAACAACAACCAAGGGACGAAGCUGUCUCUUUGGAAACCGAUUCUAGCAAUGCCUUAAAGCAGCGAAGAGACAAGGCAGUUGCUUCUGUCCGCAAUUCCGUUGGAUCCUCAAACACACGAGGCGCCAUUGAUCAUAGGAACUCGGGUACAAGUAAAAGCAGUGCGAGGAAUGCUAGAAAGCCAGGCAAACACUGGGUUAGGAAAGACACUACACCUAGGGGUUAAUACUGGAUAAAAGUACGAAAGGUGCAAAUGUCAGUAUGAGUUUUUGUCAUGCCCUUAUGUGUAUACUAGGGAGUGCAUACGGGAUAUUUUUAAUUGUCCGUGCCUUCAGCUCCACCUGGACAUUUGAAUCCCGGUCUCAACUGGACCGAUUCAUCUGAUGUAAAAUAAUGCAAAUGUGGGAUCUGCCGUAAUGUGCGCAUCAGUCGGAUUGUGCAAAUCCUUGUAGUAAGAUGGAGGGCACGAAUUUGCAGUGCGCCCCCCUCGGCGGUCCCUGAACAAUGACAGCUUAUGUGGAAGUCAUUAUUGAAUUGCCUGAAUAAAACUGCAACAGUCAUUCCACUUUU